CCAUAGUCCGUAGUAUCCUAAACCCUGGUUUGGUUCCAACUUCCAACGUCUUGUUUCUUGUAGGCUUGUAGCGAACAAACCUUCCCCUUAUUCCUUGUUCAGUUUUGAGUUGACCCAUCACAGUUUUCUUCGUCUUCUUCUUCUUCUUGUGCAUGGCAACUGAACCGAAUGAGAGUACACAAAGGAACACCCUUGUCGUUAGAAAGCCAUGUUUUGGCCUCCCAACGGGUUGCCCUCAAUGCUUAUCUGCUUACAUUUUUCUCAAGCUCUCUCAAUUUCCCUUCAACUUGGACUACCACCCUAACUACCCUGAUUCUGAUCAGAUUCCUUACUUUGAGGUUGGUGAUUCUGUGACAUAUAAUAAUGAGAAGGAGGGUAUCAUUGAGUGCUUGAAAAGGAAUGUGGAUGAUGAUUUAGAUACUGGGGUUUCUUCUCUCCCUGAUUGGAUAACAACCAAAGUGAUGCUCACCACUUGGCUUGCUGAUGCACUUGAGUAUGAACUGUGGGUGGGAUGUGACGGUUCCUCUGCUUAUAACAUCUAUUAUUCUGAUCUUCCCUGGCCUAUAGGUAAGAUCCUCUUUUGGAAGAAAGCUUAUUGGGUAAACCAGAAACAUGGGAUAAGUAAAGACAAUGCUGAAGUAAAGGAAGAAGAGAUUUAUGGGAGAGCAAACUCUGCAUAUGAUGCUCUGUCGACUUGGUUAGGGGAACAAAACUUCCUCUUUGAAAACAGGCCAUCAAGCUUGGAUGCUAUUUUUCUUGCGCAUGCAUUAGUUGUUCUUCAAGCUUUACCUGAAUCAUCAAUUUUGCAGACCAGUUUUUUGGAACAUGCCAAUUUAGUGAGAUAUGUGCAACGAUGUAAGACAGAACUUAUAGAAGCUGGCACUUCUGCUUCCAAUGGUCCAGAUUUUCAUGCAGAUCCAUCUUCAUCUGCUUCUAGAGGCCGUUCAACUUCCAGUUCAAAGCCCAGGACUAAACCCAAAAGACAGCCUCCAACAAAGGAGGAGAAAACCUUUAAAAGAAGGGCUAAAUAUUUUGUGAUAGCACAGCUAGUUGCUGUUGUUCUUUUCGUCAGUGUCAUAUCUGGAUACAGAAAUAAUGCUGACGUGGAGUUAGACGAUGACGAUUUAGGCCAUGAAUGAAAAUGAAUUCAUUUGUUUAUCUUCUUCUCAAUGACUAACCUAGACUGACCGCAUGUGGAAGAUGAACCUCCUUUUCUUGUGUAUGAUCCAAAUUUAGAAGUACGGAAAAUUACCAUUCACAUCAAAUUUUCCUAUCAUAGGAUCCAUUUUGAAAUUUUUUUAAGAGUAGUAGCUAUAUAUUUUCAUUGGAAUAUGGUGCAGGUUUCUGAGUUGUGGUAAAUGAACCCUGAUUUGAGAGGAUCUAUGGCUCUGUUAGCCUUGUACAUGUAUAUUUUGGGAGGGAUAUUUUUACUAUUAUCUUGUGCAUACUGUCAGAUGGAGAUGCCAGAGAUAUCAGCCCUUUUAUGAGAGACAAGCCUACGAAGGAUAAGUAAGAAAUAAAAUUAAUUUGAAAUGGAUGUAUUUCAUUUUCAUGUACCAAGAAAGAUCACAUUUAAUUUCUUCACGAUGAUAUUAUUUUUUGUUUGAUGCAUGAACUAAGUCUCAUUUUAGGAGAAAAGCACGGAAAGUUGAACAGGAAA